AAGGAGCCAAGUAGAUUCUCCGUCUGUGCUGCGUCCUUUUCUUCUUCCUCCAGCGGCAUCGAUAGCGGGCGAGUUCGGUCAGGAGACUUCUUUGCAGAGUCUUCGAACGUGGAGCGAAGCAGCGAUCCAGUUGAGGUUUUGUUUCUGGCGUUUAUUGUGAUUUAAUUAUGUGAACUGUGGAACCUCAGAAAUGUGUUCGAGUUCUAGUUCCUAAUCCACAAAAGGAGGAAAGUAUCCACUGAUUUAUGUAUAAUUUGAGUGGUUUUUUUAGUUCCUGGGCCUUGAAUUAUAAUCCCACGUAAUCAUGUUGAGCUGUUGAAGUACUUUCGGAAUGGAUUUUGAGAGGGAAUCGAUGAAUCUACGAUUCCCUGACCUAAUUUUUGAUAAUUGUAGGGUUCUGUGAUCAAGGCUCGCUGUGAUUUUGGGUGAUUUUAUUGCGUAUCAACGGAACUAAAUUGUGAAGGAUGGAAAUGACACUCUGCCGUCCUUUACGGUGGGUUUGUAGUCUCAUAGCUCUUGGUAGCUACGUUGGUAUCCACAAAAGGCACGGCGUUCUUCCUGUGUUGGUACAUUUCUGACAGUAGCAAGGAAUGAUGGCUGUUUCUGGGGUUUUAUGAUCUUUUGUUAUGGGGAGCUUGCUAUCCAUUUUGAAACCAACACUCUAUGAACUAUUGUUGUACUCUCUUUCAUAUUUGGCCCCUUUUUUUGGUUGGACUUGGGCUUCUGCAAUCUCUUGUCAGGGGGAAUGGGAGUGCUUGGAAUGGGAGCAAGCACUCGUACUUUCUUUCAGUAUCUAACCAUCCAGUUUUUGGAUUCUGAACUGGCCUGUCAGUCGUCGAUUUCGUUCAACCUUUUGAAGUCACUCGCAUGCCUGACUUGUCUUUGUUACUGAAGCACAGAUCAUCUUAAAUGUUCAGCUUUGUAAAAAACUUUGUCCAAAUUGUCAUAGAGGCUGUGUGGUUGCCUUAUUUUCAUGCGAUGUAGGAAUACCACUAGCUUGUUAUUCUGUUUCAACCAUAACUUUGCUGUAAGGUGGGCCACUUUCUUAGGAGUAAGCUCAUAAUAUUCUGGUGACCUUAGAGGAGUCUAAUUUAUCCAAUGGGCCUCACAGAAGAACAUAUGCAGUUUCAUGAUGGUGAAGUGAAUGAUACAAAUUCUUGCACUUCCAUGAGUGGUCAGAAGUUAUAUACAUCACAUACAUCAAGACAUAGCACAGAUACAUCACGUGCAUCAAAUUGUAGCACAGAUAGGGAUGCAGGUCUCUUGCUUUGUAGGGUGUGCCAUAGUGCAGAAUCAGACAGAAGGGGGGAUGCUGCCUUAGGUUUCUUGGACAUUGUCCCCCUGUCACAAGAAAUUUUAAAAAUCAACAAAGAUGGAGAUAAAGCUUCCAAGAGAAUUGCUGAAAAGGAUGAAGAUUCCAAGAAUUGCGGACGGAUUCCUGGAUUUAUAGAGUUCAUAAGCCCUGAAGGGGAGAUAUUUGUUUGUAGCACUGAUGUAGAAACAGGCUCAUAUCAUCACCAAGACACACUAUUUGAACUAGGAUGUUCCUGCAAAAAUGAUCUUGCUCUUGCACACUAUGCCUGUGCAUUGAAGUGGUUUAUAAACCAUGGAUCCACUACAUGUGAGAUAUGUGGAGAUGUUGCUAAAAAUGUAAGGCCUGCAGAUUUCAGAAAGGUCAUGGCUUCCUUGAAGGACUAUGAAGCAUUAAGGGAAAGGACAGCUACGGGGGAGCUUACUCAUGUAUCUACUGAGACAGCUUCAGGUGUAGAUCCUGAUGCUAUUGCUGCUAUCCGAAGACAAAGACUAAGUGAGAUAUCAUUGUGGUUCAAUCCUCAGAGUCAUUCCAUAACAGUUUCACAAGAAAUUGCAGACGAGUUGCCUGAUAACCCAACAGAAAAUGUGGUGCACACCGAUAAUCCAACAACUAAAUGGGCUAUUGAGGGCACAGGAAUUUUAGUUGCUACUGGCCUUCUUACUGUUACCCUUGCAUGGUUAAUUGCUCCUCACGUUGGAAAGAAAACUGCAAAAAAUGGUCUUCAUAUUCUUCUUGGAGGUAUAUGCGCCUUGACGGUUGUGAUCUUCCUUCGGUUUGUUGUACUAUCAAGAAUCAAGUAUGGACCAGCACGCUAUUGGGCAAUCUUGUUUAUAUUUUGGUUUCUUGUUUUUGGAGUUUGGGCUUCUCGUACCCAUCAUGCCCGCUCCACAUGAUCUGGUCAGUGGAUUCCAGAGGAAGCCUGUUUUUCCUUUGUAUGCCGGUUAUGCUUCACCAAUCCCCCAUCCUUGUCACUGCUAUCAUGUUUACAGCAAGAAAUAUUAAGCAAUAAAACAGUGUUGAUUGCUUCUGUUGUGAUGCUUGAUGCUUGAGAUGGUUUUUCCUCCUGACCUUUGGGAGAAAAUUCAGACAUUGCUGGGCAGAUUACAUCUGAUCUUUGGUAUGAAAAAUCCUUGGUGUGAUAAGCCAGAUUUGGGUGUUCAAGUACCCAAAAUCAGCACUUGAAGCCUACUUCCAUUUUCAUUUUAUAGCAGGGGUUUGCAGAAUGAUCGCAGGAACAGCUAUUUGUGGGCACCAGCAUGCAUUUUGUUAUAUGCUGUAGAAGCUGGACAGUUUCCUCAUGUCGAUAACUUGUACUUUUAGGCUUAGUUUUCCUGUGGAUAUAGUAUUUACUAGACCAGGAGCAAGGGUUCCUGUUCUAGAGCACCCAGUACUUCGUUUGCCUUGGCAAGCUGGUUUUGCGUUCGACCAUCAGGGCGGCCCUUUUGCAAUUUUCUCCCUUUUAUAUUCGUUAUGAAGACCAUGUUCAUUCACGUAGCUUUUUGCUAUUUUUUGUUUCAGAAAUAAUCAGAGAUACUUCUCAAAGGAGGACAGGAUUAAAUUUGAGUUCGGCCAUGAUUUACAUGGCAAUGGUUCAGAGCGACCAGAAAGCACAUAGUGAUCAGGAUGGUGCUUGGGAUUCUUUAUAUGGUGGAUGGUAGGUUAAUGGAUAAAUGUGUAGCUUUAUUGGCAGGAAUUUGUUGUAAUUAGUGAGGCAUUAUGUUGAUAAGGAUCUUUGAUGCUUGAGAUAGAAUGGUGGACCAGGCUUGUUAUAAUCCAAGAUAGAGAAGCCAAUGGGAAUCAUAUUCGAACUGUUGGACUUCAGGGAAGGCCCUGAUUUUUCUAGGCUCAGUCCCUGGCUCUGAUCCAUCGACAGCUCUGGAGAAGUACGUGGCGUUCACAGGCAUGGGGGCGCGGCCCGGUUCUUCAUCUAAAUGAUUAGAUAAGGCAAUAUUCUGUGACCCUAUGUCCGGGUGUCAAAGGAUAGUGAAUGUGGUUAUGCAAUUUAUAAAUAUCUUUUAGAGCACCAGUGCUUGUGUCAUCAUUUAUCCUAGCGUGGAGUGGAUUCCCAUGAUUU